GGAGGGGAUGACGUAAGACGUACGACGUAUGACGUGCGUGCGUGAAGCCCCGGUGCCUGAUCCGGUGCCUCGUCAGAAUUCACGGACUGAAGUUAAAGAUGGCAGAAGAAGAUGAUUAUAUGUCUGAUGCCUUUAUUAACAUUCAAGAAGAUGUCAGGCCAGGAAUACCAAUGCUGAGGCGAAUCAAAGAAGUUCGUCAGAAAGAAGAAAAGCACCGGGAAGCUAACCUGAAAAACAGGCAGAAGAGUUUGAAAGAAGAGGAGCAAGAAAGACGUGACACCGUGUUGAAAAAUGCCAUAGGCAAUGAAAACAAGGGGUUUGCUUUACUUCAGAAAAUGGGGUACAAAAGCGGACAGGCUCUUGGCAAGCAUGGCGAUGGCAUUGUUGAACCCAUUCCUCUCAACAUCAAAACAGGAAGAAGCGGCAUUGGCCACGAAGCCUUAGUAAAGCGGAAAGCAGAGGAAGAGCUAGAAAACUACAGGAGAAAAGUCCACAUGAAAAAUCAAGCUGAAGAAAAAGCUGCAGAUCAGUUCCGAAUGCGAUUCAAAAGUAAACAAGAAGAGCUUAAAUUAGAAGGGGACCUGAGGAGAAGCCAGCGAGCCUGCCAGCAAUUAGACACCCAGAAGGAUAUUGAAGUUCCCAGGGAACCCUGGUACUGGACAGUCCCUGAAAAGGAGGAACAGGAGAAUGAAGAGGAAGAGGAAAAAGAAAAAGAAAAGGAAGAUGAUGAAUGUGAUAGUGACGAUUUAAGCGUAGUGGAAAAACUACAAAUACUCACCAGCUACUUAAGAGAAAAACAUCAAUACUGUAUUUGGUGUGGAACUGCCUAUGAGGAUGAAGAAGAUUUGUCUUCAAAUUGUCCUGGACCAACUUCUGCAGAUCACGAUUAAAAGCCAACAUGGAUAACUUUAUUUCCCAGCAGUUUGGGGGGUUUUUUUAAGCCCCCAUAUGACACUCAGUGUGGGAAAUUUCAGAGACUUGGUGGAGAGGGUUUUUUCUUUUCAUAUACAAGAAACAGAAAUUUUCUUUGUAAAAACUUAUGAUUAUUUUUAGUCCUGUUUUAAAACUGGGGAAAAAAAACAAGUUAAAGUCUCUGUUUUUAUUCUGGUUUGGCAGCCAGCAAACUGUGUGUUCUACCAGGUCAACCAAGGGUUCUCUAGUUGCCCAAUUAAAUCAGUGAAUAGUAUUUAUUGAACUUUCACUUUGUGCAGAGCAGUGGGCUAUGCGCUGGGAGUGUUCAAUACAACACAAGGUGAUUAUGGAGAUGCUAAUAAGACUUGUGAGCUCGAAUAAUUUGUGCAGCCACUGUUACCAAUCUAGUGGGAGGCUUUGAAACAAAGUAAUCAAGAAUAUGGCACAGAAUUUAUUUUAUUCAUCACUGCUUUGUACCGUACGUAACUAUUAAAGUUCACAAGAGAAUGGCUAAUAAAUGUUGUAUUAAGGA